AUGUCCGUGGAAGACGAUCUGCAGGAGCCUCUCCUAGAAAAGUUCACACCCUCUCCAGAACCAGAUGCUAUUCCUUCGUCGAAGAAACGAAAACGCUCGACUGAGGAGCCGACUGCCCAAAAGUCUGCGAAAAAGACCAAGACCAAGAAAGCGAAAGAUGUUGAAGAAGACGAGCUCGAUACAGAGGCUGGUAUCAACAAUGCCUUCUCACACAUGGAUAAUCAGUUAUUAGCGGACUAUAUUGCUCAACGGACAAGGAGGUAUGAGAGUGAUUUGAGCUCAAUUGAACUAGAAGACAAGUACAUACCAGCAACUGCAAUAGCAGACACCACAUCUUGGAACCAAAGCAGGACGCUCGAUAACCUCCCGGGUUUCUUGGAAAAGUUUGCAGGCAAUUCAACCAAGCUAUGGUCAGCAUCGAAGAAGAAUGGAGCUCCACAUACAAUCAUAGUGACCGCAGCUGGGCUUAGAGCCGCAGAUAUUGCAAGAGUUGUCAGGAAGUUUCAAACGAAAGAUGCUACAGUCGCAAAGCUCUUCGCAAAGCACAUCAAAAUCAAGGACUCUAUAAAAUUCCUAAAGUCUACAAGGACUGGAAUCGCAGUUGGAACUCCAACACGACUGAAAGACCUUCUGGAUGAUGGCGCUCUCCAGGUUGACAGACUCGAACGAAUUGUUGUCGACGCCUCGCAUAUCGAUCAAAAGAAAAGGGGCAUACUGGAGAUGAAAGAAACACAGGUUCCACUGACAGCUUGGCUUGGGCAAAAGGAGUUCCGUGAGAGAUAUGGAGCGCCAACCGGUGGUAUACAGUUACUUUUCUACUAG